AUGGAAUACGGAGCAUGUGAGGAGAUUGAAGACCAGGCGUGGGAAACCACAGGGGGGGCACCUACUGGGGCUAUUCCAGAGGUGGUCACAGACUACCUCACACAGGCUGGAUUUAUCCAUGUUGCCCAGAUGCGACAUAUCCAAUGCUCUGGUCGAGAGGUGGAGACCAGAGACACAUACAUUCCACAUGACGCAAGUGAGAUGACUAUCACCUUACAAGAUGUGGCCGGCAUAUUGGGAUUUCCCACUGAAGGUAUUGUCGUUACUGGAUCUACAAAUGAGGAUUGGCCCGCUGUUUGUGCUGCUAUUUUUGGCGCGGUUCCACAGGCCAAUGAGUUCCAUUAUUCAGGUGACCUCCGCAUCUCAUUCUUAGAUCGGUUAUAUACCCAGUGGACUGAUCAUGCUGGGGAUCAUGAUCGCGAGAUAUAUUUCACAAAGGCGCACAUUGCCCGCAUGUUGGGGUGUUGGUUGCUGGCGGACAAGUCUGGAGGUAGCAACAUCGGUUGUCGGCUAGUCCCGUUGCUUGGGGGAGGAUUUGAUGAGAUUGGCCAUUUCAGCUAG